UGCACUCUGGUCCCAUUCAAUCCUGCCAGAAAACAAAACCCAUCAAAUUAAAGUAUUUUAAGGCAAUUUGUCAAUAAUUUAGGGUAACAAAGCACUUACUUUACAAAUCAAAUUCGAAGGUGCAUCACCUGCAUUUAGAACAGCCACACAAAUUUAAUCAACUUAAUUAGCAAGCAAUGGCACGUGGACACCAGAAGAUCCAGUCGCAGGCGAAGGCCUCCGAGAAGCAGGCCAAACUGAAGAAGCAACAAGGACACAGCGCCAACGACCAGAAGAAGGCGGCCCAGAAGGCACUUGUCUAUGUGUGCGCCGUUUGCAAGUCGCAAAUGCCCGAUCCCAAGACGUAUAAACAGCACUUCGAGAACAAGCAUCCCAAGAACGACAUGCCGGAGGAGUUAAAGGAGGUCUGAUGAUCAUUUUACUUCAAGCUGAACGAGAUGGACGAGUUGCCUAACAGUACGAAAUAUUUGCAACAAUAACUUUGCAUCAGCCCUAAGAAGAAAGCCCACAAUCGAGCCGAAGCCAAGAGGAUGGAUAAUAGUCGUAAUAAUAAUAUACAAAUGCCAGUUUUUUCGUAUACACACUGCUGAUUUUUGGUUUUGUUUUAUACAUUGAAAUUAACACAGUAUGCGAUUGUUCGAUGUGUGGCUAAAUCAAUACAAAGACACCUACCUACCUUACAAAAUGAAUAGAAAUUGUUUAAUUUUGAUAUUUAUUGCCCCUAAAACACAGGAAUAUAUCUAAAACACCAUAAAUACUCUGAGCUCCGUUUUGGAUUUUGUUUACACGUGAAAGUUUUACACGAAUUAUGCCAGAAAUGAAAGAAAAUAAAUCUUUUUGUACUAUAACUAAA